AUGGCUGGGCCAGUAUUACAGGACUCCUUGAUGAAUAUACUGUUGCGGUUUCGAUUCCCUUCCGUUGUGCUAGCAGGAGAUGUAAAGCAGAUGUAUAGGAUGGUGCAGGUCAGCAACGAUGAUCGGAAUAAUAUUCGAAUUCUAUGGCGUUGGACAAAGGAUGAGCAGGUUCAGGAGUACUGUUUGAAUACCGUUACUUAUGGUACCAAAAGUGCAUCGUACUUGGCGACAAAAUGUGUACAGGAACUCCUUCUUUCGCAUCGAAAUCAAUACCCAAUUUCUGUUGGCAGAGCUAUAAAGGGAAUUUAUGUCGACGAUGUUUUAAUAGGCGCUGAAACUAGUGAAGAAGCUAAAAGACUCCGACAAGAAUUAUGCAACAUUUUCUCUGCCGGUGGUUUCCAUCUGCGGAAAUGGGCAUCAAACUCCGCAGAAGUCAUCGAAGAAAUUCCAGAAGAAGAUCGAGAGAUGAAGGGUCCCAUUGAUCUCAACGAACCGAGCACUAUCAAGACACUCGGAAUCCACUGGCAGCCGUGCAGUGACAAAUUCCUGUUCAGCGUUCAACACGUCAAGAUCCUUCAGCCCACAAAGCGCAGCAUUCUGUCCAACAUCGCUAGCCUUUUUGACCCUCUGGGAUUAUUGGCACCAAUCAUCAUCCAGGCCAAGUUACUAAUGCAGCGACUGUGGGAACUGAAGGUGGACUGGGAUACUAUCCCCCCUGGUGAGUUGAUCAUUAUCUGGCAAAAUUUUGUGCAAAGUCUGGCCCUUCUGAACUCUUUUCAGGUUCCAAGACGAGUAAUUUCGGUAAACAGGAUUUGUCAAAUUUUCCUGCACGGCUACAGUGUCGCUUCCGAGAAAGCUAUGGGCGCCUGUGUAUACAUCCGCGCAGUGGACGAUGCUGGGAAUUGUAGUUCUCAUCUGCUUUGCGCUAAAUCAAAGGUGGCGCCAAUUGGAAACAUCAGUUAG